AUGAGGCGCCUUGUGUUACCUCCUGGUAUGAAAUGCGCCGUACAAAUAAAGUUUGAUUUGAUUUGAUUUGAUGAUAUAUAUGCCCUCUGCCCUGGAGCUGUUCCUGACCCUGCCAUAUCUGCUCCUGAUCCCACUCCAGUCCGGGCAUUGUUAAUUGUAUCCUCUUAAAUACAGUACUUUCAGCUAAUGGCCAGGCCCUACCCAUAUGCAGAGCGCAGAGUUAUUUUUGAGAGCCAGGCUUGCCACAGCCACUAUGUUAUCGUGUGUUACAGUGGUUCCCCUGCUUAACAAAGAGCCUUCAGUGUAAACACACAAGCCAUAUGUCAGAAAAGACAGCGCAACGCAGACCACAACCUUCUUCAGACUCCUAUCUCUGGCUCUCUGCCUAGAUGGAACGUCUAAAUAUUAUGACGCUGGACAUGACUGAAUGUAUCUGUGGGGCACACUCUAGCAGAUCUGCAGUGUGUGACAGUAUGUUCCAUCUCUGCUUUACAUGUCCCUACAAAGCCAGCCUCAAUCAACGUGGUCACUCUCUGCAAUAAACUCUGAAAGAUGCUCUUUGCAAAAUCAUUGGCUUAUUGUCUUGUGAGUUAAUAGCUGUGCAUGUGUGUGUGUGUGUGAAUGAGUGAAAUGCAAGCUUUGUGUGUGUACAUUUGGGUGUGCAUGUGUGUAUGUUUUGUUUUCAUGUUCACACAGUUGCUCGUAGAUUAGAGCGAGAGAGAGCGAGAGAGAGAGAGAGAGAGAGCGCAGCUCAAGCCCACAACAGCUGCCACAACAAUUCUGUUUCUGCAGAGAUCCACAGCGAGUUUGCACCUAUGACACUAGGGUAGGAGAGCCAUCUACAUGUACAAAAUAAAUAAAUAACAACUCCUGAGUGGACCACAGCUAAUGAGCUCACCCAGCUGGGUGCUCGUUUCUGCCCAGUGUCAAACGUCCUCAUGCUUGACCCUUAGAAUCAGGGGUUGCUAGCCAGAGGAGAAAUCCCCCCCGGCUUUCUCUCCCCCCCCCCCCCCUUUUUUUUUCCCUUUCACGCUUCCUACUUGGGCAGAAGGCUGGCGUAAUACAAACCAGACUUGGUGCAGAAUGUGAGGCAUUCCCGAGGAGGAAAGUGGCUCAGUUCCUCUGAGGAAGAGGCUGAGCGUAGAGCCACGUCCUCAGUCUAAUGCACCGCCGCCUGGGCUCCUGCCAUGCACACGUCCAGUGGCUAGCUAGCGGGAGGCGAGAGCAUCACCAUGGACCAAGGGCCAUGUCAGAGAAGACACUCAGCUGGUGAUACUUAGAGGGCACUGCAACCAUGCAGGGAAAGUUGUGGCUGGACUGGCUGUAUGGGUGCAAUUCCUCAAGACUGUAGUUGAAACGACUUGCUGACCACCAUGAGUUGGAGUUUCCUUACACGUCUUCUGGAAGAGAUCCACAACCACUCCACCUUUGUGGGGAAAGUGUGGCUGACUGUUCUUAUCAUCUUCCGCAUUGUGCUGACUGCCGUUGGGGGCGAGUCCAUCUAUUCGGACGAGCAAACCAAGUUCACCUGCAACACCAAGCAGCCCGGCUGCGACAACGUGUGCUAUGACUCAUUUGCGCCGCUCUCGCACGUCCGGUUUUGGGUCUUUCAGAUCAUCAUGAUCUCUACGCCUUCUGUCAUGUACCUCGGCUACGCCAUCCACAAGAUUGCUCGCUCGUCGGAGAACGACCGGCGGAAGUUCCGCAGGUGCCAAAGAAAGAGCCACCGCAGCCGUUGGCGAGACAGCCACCCACUGGAACAGGUGCUUGAGGAGGAAGACGACGAUGACGCCGAGCCGAUGAUCUACGAAGAUGCUUUGGAAGUGCAGGACGCAAAGCCCGAUGUGACCAACUGUCCCAUCAAGGAUCCGCAGAAACACGACGGGCGGCGGAGGAUCAUGGAGGAGGGGCUGAUGAAGAUCUACGUGAUCCAGCUCUUGUCCCGCGCCGUCUUUGAGAUCGGCUUCCUCGUGGGUCAGUACCUCCUGUAUGGCUUCCGCGUCAAUCCGUCCUACGUGUGCAAUAAGAUCCCUUGUCCUCAUAAGGUGGACUGCUUCAUCUCGCGACCCACGGAGAAGACCAUCUUCCUUCUCAUCAUGUACGUGGUCAGCUGCCUGUGUCUGGUGCUCAACGUGUGUGAGAUGUUUCACCUGGGCAUGGGCGCCUUCAGAGACACUCUCCGCAGACGGAGAAACAAAGGUCGACAGCCUCCUUACAGCUACUCUUACUCGAGGAACAUCCCGGCAUCACCCCCGGGGUACAACCUGGUCAUUAAGUCAGACAAACCUGGAAGGAUGCCCAACAGUCUCAUAUCACACGAGCAGAACAUGGCCAACGGAGCUCAGGAGCAGCACUGUAUAAGUCCUGAUGAAAACAUCCCCACUGAUUUGGCCAGUUUGCAUCGCCACCUACGGGUGGCCCAGGAGCAGCUGGAUAUGGCCUUUCAGACAUACAACACCAAAACCAACCCCCAGACAUCCAGAACCAGCAGCCCAGUUUCGGGGGGCACCAUGGCGGAGCAGAACCGGGUCAACACAGCCCAGGAAAAACAAGGAGCGAGGCCCAAAGCCACCACUGAGAAAGCUGGAACAAUAGUCAAAAAUGGCAAGACAUCUGUAUGGAUCUGAAAGUCACUGCAACAAUGUAGACCUGCCAAAAUGACUGGCCAUUAGCGGGACCAUGCAAGUAUUUGAUACUGUAUUGGGUGGUUUUACUGACUAAAGAUGAACUAACAUCACACGAUCCAGCACAAUGUGCCUGAUCCUAAAUACCAGUGUUACAAUAAGUAUAUCAAACCUUCUCAUGAACAUUGAAGGAACAAAUCUUGUUGAAAAGAAAUCUAAGUCUUUACCAGUCCGUAUUCUUUUAAAUGUGUGUUUCCCUUGUGCUACCCUUCUGUAGUUUACAUGUAUAUUACUGGUCUAAUUUUAGCAUGUCGGAAUCAGAUUAGAUAUAAAUCUCCUUAAAUAUACUGUAUUCAACAGCCUGAUAUCGGUUUACAGUAUUUCCUCAUAAUAAUGUCUGACAUCAGUUGUGUGAUUAUAUUACAAGUAGGAAUUUAUUUCACAGAAAGGUUACAUAUCAUAAGAUGUGCUAUUCAGUAUGAAUAAAUCCAAGUCUUGUCACAUGGACUUGGUAAUAGAUGUUUGCAGCUUUUUAUUAACACUUAUUUUCCAGAAGGAUGGAAAGGUAAAUCACUUUAUUUACAGCAGAGUGGGUAUUAUCGAUAAGUUUAAUUAUUUGAGAUUGUGGGCUGAACUAUUUUAACAUGAUCUGUUGAUGGACUUCAGCAUUUUGAAGUGCAAAAAUACUGUUAGGCUUAAGUGGAUUAACUGAGUUACAUCUUUAUUUUUUGAUAAUAUUUUUUUGUCUUGUCUCAAAAAUGUGCAAUCACAAUAAUGGAUAACGGUUCAUUAUGAUUUCGGGUUUGAAAGAUCUAAAUAUCUGUGUUUCCAUCUGGACAUUACAUACUUGGUUUUCUGCAUUACGUUAUGAGUAAUGCGAAUUUAGUUUAAGCACACGAAAGAAUCACUCAACAUAGAACUGCUGACCAUAUAACGACUUUUAUCCCUUCAUCAUUCAUGUUUACAAAUACAAGAGAGUUACCUCGUUUCUUUUUUGAAAAUAUUCUAUUUGGGAAUAUUCAUUACAAAGUAUUCACAAGCACUGUCGAGUGACAGACCCACUGAGAGAGACAACACCAUCACAAAGCUCCAAAACUUCUCUGUCAGAGAAACAAUUAAUUAAUUAAAAAUUAAUGUUGAUUUUACAACAGGGUUUGCUAGAGAAAUUGCAGAUCGACAACAUAUUUUGAAUUUUCUACCAAAAAAGAAUUGAAUAUUGAAAUAAUGUGACAUUCCUUAUUUGAUUUGUGUUAAUUACGCCGUUUUACUACAUCUACCAUUUUAUAUUCAUAUGACAUAACUUAAAAUCUAUUUGAUGACUCCAUGGUUAGUACAGAGGCAAGACUCUCUCAAAUUGUGUUUUUUUAUUAUUGUUGCUCUGCUCCAUGGAUCUCAAGCAGCUAACAAAUAAUGGAGGCCUGCUAAAUAAGAUGAGGUGAGAUACACCCUAAAAACGAUACAACUCAAACUGUGUGAAAUUGUUAAACAGAAUAAAAUUUGCUCCUGCAGUUUUGUGUCCUGGCGACAGUCCUGUUAGCUAUAAGAAUGAUGAAAUGUUCGUUUCAAUCCAGAAGCAAUUUUCUUUGGUGUCACUUUGCACCAGUUUGAGUGUGUGAAAGUCAUGAUAUCAGUAUGAAAUACUGAAUCAUGAUUGUACACAUGUGAUUCUGAUUUGAUUGAUAUAUUGACAAUUUUUAAUACUGCCUUUUAAAUACGGAAUUGUUUAUGUACAAAUUGUAGACUUAUUGUAUAGACAAACAAUAUUUGAGAGAGAUACAAUUAUUUAUGUCAUGUAGUUUGUAUUAUGCUGAUAGGCUGACCAUAUCCAUCAAAUACUUCAUGCUGUUUUGAGCAACAUCAAUCUCAAAACAUGUCCUCCUUUGUCAACUACACUUAAGGUGCUGAAAAAGGUGUGCGCAUUUCUUAUUUUACCAAAAAAUACCUUGCAUUGCUACUUGCAUUUUCUUGUCUUAUAUCACUUAACAACCAGCCAGCGAAAAUGUGAAUAUUAAAACAUGUUAACUGAAGCCAAAUGAAUUCACUACAACACAGGUCUAUGUCAAAGACACAUAGGAGAAUGUUGAUUCAGUCAAAUGCAUCUGUGAGUUAAUUGCAAGAAUAGCACAUUGCACAUCAAUUAUUUCCUGUCCAAAAACAGAAAAUAAAAGUCAGGUCAGUAGAGUACUGUUGCAUUGGUGGAUUUAGCUUUGAAUGAAGGAAUUUGUAUGGUGAAUUUUAUUAGCUCAAAGUUUAAACAUAGUAAGUAAACAAACUCUUAUCUUGGCCCAUGUGAACCAUUAACAUGACAGCCUGAACACUGCACCAAUGCUACAGUGAAUUGAAACAAAGGGACAGCUUAAGCUCCUUUGAUGGGUACUGAUUUAUUAUUAUUAUGAUUAUUAUUAUUAUGAUUAUUAUUAUUGUACGAUACAAGACAUGGAUUCCCCAAACAUUGAAAAGACAUGGGAAAGCACCUUUUAGAAAUUAUUUCACAUGUUUGUGCCUUAAAAAUAAAGACUGUUUGUGGGAAAUAAAUAUUGGGGAAAACUUAA